AAGAGGAGGAAGGAGGAGGAGCGAUGUGGAGUACGGGCUGUGUGUUUGCAUGUCGCUCGUAACGCUCGGUCAUCGGAUGGAUUUGGUUCGUGUUUUUAGCCAAAGCCGCCGUGAAUGAGCCGGUCAGAUGCCCGUCUGUGCCGCUCCGCUGGACUCCCUGCGCUGACCAGAGCAGUCAAGAACAGGAGGAGGAGGAGGAGAAGGAGGAGGAGGAGUGAUUAUGAUGAUGUGAAGAGCCACCACACGGACGUUAUUUAUUUGCCCCCCUCCCCACCACCCCCCGAAGUGGCUGGUGAAGGACGUCGCCCCCUCGGGCCCUUCCUCUCGCCCCUCUAUGCAGAAAUGGCGCAGCUGUUGUUUCUUGUAAUUUUCAACAUGCUUCCCACUCUUAUCGCGUCCAUACAUAAUUCAACAACCGGAGGAUGUGCAAUAAUUCGCCCCCCUAGAGAUGGAGGGAUUCGGUACAGAGGACUGACUCAGGAGCAGAUCCGCAGUGUACAGAUUUUGCCUGUAGACUAUGAGAUCGAGUACAUCUGCCGGGGCAGCAGGGUGAUCGUGGGCCCAAAGGUGCGCAAGUGUCUCUCCAACGGCACCUGGACUGAGAUGGACCAUCAUAGCCGAUGCUUGUUGCUGUGUCCACGUGUCUGGACGUCUUUGGAGAAUGGAAGAGUGACAGUGCUGCCUCCUGGACCUCCAGCAGAGGGCACAGUGCUGCAUUACAGCUGUCAUGCUGGAUUCCUGCUGGAGGGCAGAAAUAUCUCCCACUGUACCAAGCUUGGCAACUGGGACUCACCAAAACCACUGUGUGUUUAUGACAGGAAUUACACAGGAAAGAAGAAGCUGUACAUUGGUGCUUUAUUCCCGAUGAGUGGCGGCUGGCCCGGUGGACAGGCGUGCCUGCCCGCUGCCCAGAUGGCCCUGGACCUCGUCAACAACCGGAGUGACAUCUUACCGGACUACGAACUGGAGCUCAUAUAUUAUGACAGUAUGUGUGACCCGGGGGAGGCCACUAAGCUGCUGUAUGACCUCCUCUACACAGAGCCAAUCAAGAUUGUUCUGAUGCCAGGCUGCAGCUCUGUGUCUACACUGGUGGCUGAAGCAGCUCGCAUGUGGAACCUCAUAGUGUUCUCCUAUGGUUCCAGCUCCCCGGCCCUGUCCAACCGCCAGCGCUUCCCCACCUUCUUCCGUACACACCCCUCAGCCACGCUGCACAACCCCACCCGUGUGCGCCUCUUCCAGAAGUGGAAAUGGACCAAGAUUGCCACCAUCCAGCAGACCACAGAAGUCUUCACCUCGACGCUGGAUGAUUUGGAGCAGAGGGUGAAGGAGGCUGGUAUAGAGAUAAGCGUGAGACAGAGUUUCCUCACUGAUCCCGCCGUGGCUGUCAAGAACCUGAAGCGGCAAGACGCGCGGAUCAUUGUAGGCCUUUUCUAUGAGACUGAAGCACGAAAAGUCUUUUGUGAGGUCUACAAGGAAAAACUCUUUGGGAAGAAGUAUGUGUGGUUCCUCAUCGGUUGGUACGCAGACAACUGGUUCAAAAUCAAAGACCCAGCCAUUAAUUGCACUGUGGAGCAGAUGACGGAGGCUGUGGAGGGACACGUUACUACAGAGAUCGUCAUGCUGAACCCUGAGACUGUUCGUGGAGCUUCCAACCUGACUUCGCAGGAGUUCCUGGCCCAGCUCAUGUCCCGUCUUGGGGGGAAGAACCCUGAAGAGACGGGGGGUUUCCAGGAAGCUCCUCUGGCGUACGACGCUGUGUGGGCUCUUGCUUUGGCCCUUAACAAGACUGUUGCACCUCUGCGGGGUAAAGGCAGAAGACUAGAAGACUUCAACUACAACAACAAGGACAUCACCUCAGAGAUAUAUCGAGCCCUUAAUACCAGCUCAUUCGAAGGAGUAUCAGGUCACGUAGUCUUUGAUGCCCAGGGUUCCAGGAUGGCUUGGACGCUCAUAGAGCAGUUGCAAGGGGGCAGUUACAAGAAGAUUGGAUACUAUGACAGCACAAAAGGCAAUCUUUCCUGGUACGGAAAUGACAAGUGGAUAGGCGCUGGCCCUCCAGCAGAUCAGACGGUGGUCAUUGAGGAGUUUCGCUUUCUCUCCCAGAAGCUCUUUGUUUCUGUGUCUGUCUUUGCUGGCAUGGGAAUUCUUCUAGGCAUAGUGUGUCUCACCUUCAACAUCUACAACAGUAAUGUUCGGUACAUCCAGAACUCUCAGCCGUACUUGAAUAACAUUACGGCCGUGGGCUGUGUGCUUGCUCUGGCUGCUGUCUUUCCACUGGGCAUUGACGGCCAUCAUGUGCACAGAUCACAGUUUCCUGUGGUGUGUCAGUUUCGCCUGUGGCUGCUAGGGCUGGGUUUCAGCUUGGCCUACGGCAGCAUGUUCACUAAGAUCUGGUGGGUUCACACUGUCUACACCAAGAAGGACGAGAAAAAAGAGAAGAGGAAGCAUUUGGAGCCAUGGAAACUCUAUGCAACUGUUGGUGUUUUACUGGCUAUUGAUGUCCUGUCUCUGAUGAUCUGGCAGAUUGUUGACCCUUUGCACAUUACUGUCGAGAAGUUCACUAAAGAGGCUCCUAAAGCAGAUCUGGAUGUUUUGAUUCAACCGCUGCUUGAGCACUGCAGCUCCGAGAAGAUGAACACUUGGCUUGGUGUGGUGUAUGGCUACAAGGGACUGCUCCUGCUGUUGGGAAUCUUCCUGGCCUACGAGACCAAGUCCAUCUCCACUGAGAAGAUUAAUGACCACCGUGCUGUAGGAAUGGCCAUCUACAAUGUGGCUGUGCUGUGUAUGAUCACUGCUCCAGUGACUAUGAUUCUGUCUUCUCAGCAGGAUGCCUCUUUUGCUUUUGCUUCACUGGCCAUCGUUUUCUCUGUCUAUAUCACCCUGGUGGUGCUCUUUGUGCCCAAGAUGCGGCGUUUGAUCACACGUGGGGAAUGGCAGUCGGAGCAGCAGGACACACUGAAGACAGGAUCAUCUACCAACAACAAUGAUGAAGAGAAAUCACGACAGCUUGAGCGCGAGAACAGAGAACUCCAGAAGAUUAUUCAGGAGAAAGAGGAAAGAGUGACAGAGCUGAGGAACCAGUUGGCAGAGCGCCAAGCUCUUCGUUCACGGAGACACACGUCCAGCCAAAAUCAAAACCAGAACCACAGCGCCCCUCCACCACCCUCGUCUCAGGCCGAGCCACCCGGCUACUCACCAGGCACUGAGCAGCACUCACUGCCCCCCUCCUUCUCCAACUCCUCCAACCUGUACCAGGGAGAAGGCAAGCUGAGCCGGAAUCACUGCCACAACAGUCGUCUGCCUCUGCUCUAUAAAUGAGCUGAGCAGGACUGGCACUAAACACUCUGUGUGAUGAGGAGGUACGGUUAACUUUGUGUAGUGCAAAAAUUACUGCUUUCUGACUUAAGGCAUGUCAACUCUCUGACUCCACUCUUUAUUAACCUCUGUUCUCACCAUCGUGUCUCUGUCUCAAGUCAUGGCAUAUUAUAUGUCAUCACUGUAUCAAUAUAAUGCUGUGUGUCAUCUGAUAUUAUUGAGUCUAUCCCUAGUUUUACAGUAUUUGCUGUGCUGUUGUAACACCUACACAGGGAGCACUAAUAUUAAAUUAGCCUUUAGCAAAGCACUAAAGUCAAUUAGAAAAUAGCGACAAAUGUCUUGCAUCAGGGCAAGUGUAUAUUCAAACAGCCACCUGGAAUUUGGAGCAAAAAUAUGCUAUCUGAAAUACAGGUCCAUGUACCAUUCUUUGGACCACUGAUUCUCCUUUGGAUGGCAAAGAGAAUGUGCAUUUUACUAUUUCAUUACUAUCUACUAUUUUAAUUACUGCUUUCCAAAGACACACAAAUGAUAUUGACCUCUGCGUCGUCCAUGACGAUUGUGCAAGGUUUGAGGAAGUGAGAUGGAUGAGAUAGAUAAGGAAGCCGAAUACAAAAUGUCACUCUCGUCUCCAUCCCAAUAAUACUCUUUCUUGGGGAAUCCCUCAUAAAAGCGUGAUACCUUUAGUAGGGCAGUCCCUGACCAUUUUAGAGAAGUUGACAUUUUAAGCAAUAUAAUAUGAGAGAGAGCCUGUUGUGAGCAUUGUGUUGCUUUUACAUAAUAUUUUUGCUAAGUAAACUUGAAAACAAAGAGGCCCCAGUACAUCAUGAUAUCCGAGAUAGCACCAAUAAUAGAGCUUGGCAGAUGGUGUAGUCAAAACUAACGGUUGCAUAAUUAACCAUAUACAGUGGAGUCUUAUGCAAACUAAAGGCAGCUCCCGAGGAUCCCUCGUGAUUCUUUGCAAAUAUGGUUUGUGACACCAUUCCGUUGGUUUCUGACACUUGAUCUAAAUAAGUCUUCCUCCAAGUGUCAUGAUCCCCAUAUGUUCCAUAUAGAGUCUCAUUCUUGGGAUGGAAGGGAGGACUGGAAUGAGCAAGCUUUGUUUUUUUCUUCUAGUGUGUCCAUUCCUGCCAGUGCUCCUGGGGCUUGCUUCUUAUUUAUUUAACCAUCAUCAAAUAUCUCAAUAUUUAGUUUGGAUUGUAAUGGCAAAAUAAAAUUUUCUUUCUUUCUUUCUUUCUUUCUUUCCUUCUUUCCUUCUUUCUUUCUUUCUUUCUUUCUUUCUUUCUUUCAGCACUGUAAUGUAUAAAAUUAACUGUAUUUAAUGUAUUUUUUAUUUUACUUAACUCUUCUAUGUUUGGGAAAGCCAUGUUUUUACUCUGGUAUAUUUUCUUUAAUGCAUGCAGUUAAAGUGUCCAAAUUUUACUUCUUUAGUUUAGCACUGGAGCUACGAGGCCAACGUUACUAUCAGACACUAAAAGUCGACCAGAAGGAUUUUAUGCAGACUUGUCGAUGAACACAACUUUGGGAGGAGUUUUGGGGAAGCAUUUCCAGAAAAGAUCUGGGUGUCUAUUGCUUUCUAGUGAUCGACAGCAAUCUUAGCCUCGUAGCUCAAGUGCAAACCGCAUUUAGCUACAUGGUAAAGUUUUUUAUUCAUCUUUAUAGUUGACAAUAAGUCAUACUGUCCUAAUCCAUACUGACAAAUCUACAUGACCUUAUUGAAAACCUGGAUGCGGUUUGUAGUUGAGAGAGGUUUUGGGAAUGCAUUUAGGGAAAAUUUGGGUGACUAUUAAAAUCUAUUGUUUGUUAGCAAAGUUAGCCUCCAGCACAACCCUAAAGAAGCAAAAUUUCAGCAAAAAACAUACUCUGGCUAAUCGACUAAAUCUGGGGAAAGUGGAAAAUGAUGUACAUUUCAAUUGGAACCAUUUCUUUCAUGAGAAACCUUGAAUCUCUUAAGGGAUAUUUAGUGUACAUUAAUAUUCAAGGUUAACAUGAGUUUGCAGGUGAUGGUAUGUAAAAUAAAUCCUUAUAGACUAUAUAGACACGUUUAUUAAAAUGAUCUGAAAUUAGUCACUUUAGUCAGCUUGCAUCUUUAAGAAUAUUAGUAGUUUAAAAGAAAUAAUCAAUUCCACUACUGGCUUAGAUAUGCUGUGUAUUUAUUUAUUUAUUUAUUUCAUUUGUAUUUGUCUGUGGCCACUGUAUAACACUUGGGAUCACUAAAGGCCAUGUCAAUACUACAGAAUCUUGUUUCAUCAGUAUGAAAGAAUUUUCACUUAACAGGUAAAAAAAACCUAUAAAGCACAAUAUACUGCUGGUAAAUUGUUUCACAUCCUUUUGUGAGAUUUUUAAGUCAUAAAAAGGCUGUCAUAGUCUGUUUCCAGAUUUAGCACAACAAAUUUGAAGCCUUACCCAAACUCUUAACUGUGCACCUUCUUUUGGGUAGAUACAAUACGUCUGUUUCAUUGAAAGAAAUCAAUAACGUAUAUUUCAGAUCAUCAGUUUGGUAUUGGAUUUUCUAUUCCAAGACAAUCAUUAUGAAUGCUGAUUGUUUUAGUAAAUGUGCUUUUUUAUAUGAUCAGACAAGAAGACCUAAUGAACGUGUGUUUUCACAAGAUCACAGUAAUUCAAGUUCUGAGUCUGUGUGUUGCUACAUUUCACCAUUUGUUGUUUGCAAGCGCGUUCAAAAAAAAAAGCAACAGUUAAGUUUCAUUUGCUCUCAGAUGUCAGUUCAGUUGCUUAGAGUACAUAUUUAAACAGGGCACUACAAACCAUAUGUUCCUACAGCAUGUAAGCAUUAUAUCCAGUAUAUUAGCUCAGGGUAUGUAAUUAUAAUAUCACUUUAUAAUAAACAAACUUUUAUUUAUCAGCUGUGUGCACUGUACUACAAUUGAGAUAUUCUGACAGUCAUUCCAUCUUUAAUCAAUAAUCAAGUUCCUAUGUAAGUUUUGGAAAUGUGUCAUUUUUAAUUAAUAUAUGUCCUGUAAAUAUAAUACAAAAAAACUCUUUAUGCAAACUCUAUGGAUGUCAUGGUUCAAUAAAGCUCAUUAUUUUGCACUAACCUUAAAAGAUGUGUAGAGGACUUAAAAAAAGUGAUACAGUAUUGUGUCAGAGUUGUCAGAGACCACCCUUCACUUAAUAUCUAGUCAAAACAGCCAUCAAGUACAUUAUUUUUAUUGUUCAACAUCAGGAAAAAAGCAGAAAACUAAAUUACACGAAACAACUUAAUGUAAUAUACAGUUUUUCAGUGGUUAAUGUAUCCACACUUUGUCUUGAUCACAGCUUCUCUUCUUCAGAAGCUCCAAAGUUCAGUCUUAGAAGUUGGUUGCAUCUUCUGCCUCUCAACAUCCAAGUAACGUGUUAAAUAAUCUUAAGGCCUGGACUCUGGGGUGGUCAAUCCAUUGUUCUGAGGCCACCAGCAGCUUCUUUCUUUGUCUUUCCUAGCCUUAGUGUUGUCAUCUGACAGUAGGAGGGUGAACAGAAGCACGUGCAUUUUUUUUUCAGAUCUGAAGCAAAAUCUCUCAUAGAUAAAAGCUUCAAGAACUGUUUUUUCUGAUGGGGGAAGUUUUGGUGGUCUACCAGGUCCUGCACGGCUGUUGGCAGUCCCACUUUCUCUGUUUCUUUUCAUUUUUUCAAUGAAAGCCAGCUCCCUCAAACUCUAGUUUUGGGAAAGUCCACUAGUUUUACUUUCUCUUUUCCUUUCCUUAUACAAGUGGAGACUCUCGUGUCAUAUGCAAAAGCUUGAACACCCCAGGUCAGAUGACUUUUUGUUGAUGUGAAAACAAGUUUCUCUGUAUACAAGGAACUCAAUUACGUUUGGCCAAUUUUAAUGCACAGAUUCUAUAUAUUGGCUGAACUUAUUAAAUAAAAGAAUACAUGAUAUAUGCUGUAACUUUUGCCACAUUUUAUGUUUUAUUUUUUCCCAAUGUGUUAAAUUUAGCACAUAAACAGCAAUAGUGUAUUAAAUGUACAGAAGUGUGAA